UCUAUGGUUGUCGACAUUUAUCAUUUUAUUAUCGUCGAUGCGCAGAAAGUUUUCAUCUUCAACAUGCUUUAUGGAUUCCAUCGGUAAAUGAACGUGGUUUCCAAGAUAAUUCAUGUCGACGAGAUGGAACAAUUACUGUAAAUAUCAAAGAAAUCAUUGAGGAAAUCAAAAAUUUAUUAAAAAAUGAAAUUGCAUAUCGAAAUGGAUAUUUACAACGAGCUUUGAAUAUUUUUAAUGAUCGAACUCUAUCAGAUCAUCCACUCCAUGAAUAUCAACAUAUUUUAGCAUAG